UAAAUAAAGAAGAAAUGGCGGAAUUCGCCGGUCGUCAAGUGGGUCAACACGCCCGCUCCCCGCCUUUCAUACCGAAGUCUCCCGAGUUCGCUCGGGCUUGGAGACGCUGUAUCUCGCGCACCCAUUUUUCUUUUGUGUGCUCGAAACCCAGCGAGAAAAAAAAUCAGUCCUUGCGCGAAACCCCACAAGAAAAGAUUCGUUCUUGCGCCAGUCCCCUUCGUCUUUCGCCGCCUUUCACUGCCGCCAAGUUCCAGUUUUGAUCGAACUUUUUGGCUGAAAAAGCUGCUGGUAUUUGUGGGUUCUUGUUCCUUUUUCCUGGGUUGCGUCUUUUCAUGGAUUGGUUCUCUUGAAUUCCUCGAGAAGCAUGCGCAAAUCGAAGAACUUCAUGCAUAAUCUUCUGAAGACGUUCAAAUUGGGCUCGAGCAAAGAGGGGCAAGGGGAAGAGGACUGGGAGAGGAUAGCUGCCCAAGAGCAAAAGCAUUUCGCGUUCGACGCGUUGGUUGCUGCAACGAAAGAUUUUCACCCGACCCACAAACUUGGGGAGGGUGGUUUUGGCCCCGUAUACAAGGGAAAGUUGGAAGAUGGGAGAGAAAUUGCGGUGAAAAAGCUUUCUCAUAGCUCAAAUCAAGGGAAGAAGGAGUUUACAAAUGAAGCAAAGUUACUGGCACGUGUACAGCACCGGAAUGUUGUAAAUUUGUUGGGUUACUGUGCUCAUGGAGCAGAAAAAUUGCUAGUUUAUGAGUAUGUCCCCAAUGAGAGCCUUGACAAGCUUCUGUUCAAAUCCAAUAGUAAGAAGGAGUUGCUUGACUGGAAGAGGAGGUUUGACAUCAUUGCAGGCAUUGCCCGUGGCUUGCUUUACCUGCAUGAGGACUCACACAGCUGCAUCAUUCACCGUGACAUCAAGGCAAGCAACAUACUCCUUGACGACAAGUGGGCCCCGAAAAUCGCGGACUUCGGGAUGGCCCGCCUCUUCCCGGAAGGCGAAACACACGUCAACACACGUGUGGCCGGUACCAAUGGGUAUAUGGCUCCAGAAUAUGUGAUGCAUGGAAGCUUGUCAAAGGCAGCGGACGUAUAUAGCUUUGGUGUGGUGGUUCUUGAGUUGAUCACUGGACAAAGGAACAGCUCCUUUAAUUUGGAUGUCGAUGCACAAAAUAUGCUCGAUUGGGCAUACAAAAUGUACAAGAAAGGGAAAAGCUUGGAGAUUGUGGACACAGCAUUGGCAUCCUCAGCAUCCGCGGAUCAAGUGGCCAUGUGCAUCCAAAUAGGGCUUUUGUGUACACAAGGUGAUCCACACCUCCGCCCAACCAUGGGCCGGGUUGUGGUCUUGCUGUCGAAGAAGCCUGGCAACCUGGAUGAGCCCAUCACGAGGCCGGGCUUACCCGGCACCCGUUACAGACGGUCCCGUCGGCCUCAUGGCUUGUCUGGUUCUACCGGAACUACUUCAGGAACUUCCAGCACCGCGAUGCACUCCUUCGGCUCAGGAAUCAACACGAGAUCUGCGACGCAGUCAACGGCCACAACCACAACGAUGUCUAGCCUCCCGAGUCCUUCGGAUCCUCAUGGGAAGCGUCCUAUGCAGAGUUAGGUACAUCACUUCCGUUGAGGUAUAGGCAUUUUUGACUAUUCUUUGUAUGCCCAGAUUAGAGAUUGAAGUGGAAUGUAAAUGCUUGUUGAGGGAAUUAGUCGGAUAAGGUAAGGACGUGACCGGAGAAUCCAUGGGAGAUGGGAAAGAGAUCGGUUGCUUUGAAAUGUUUAAAUUGGCAAAUCCAUUCUUUUCUGCGAAACUUUUUAUGUAUAUACCGUCAUAAAAUAGUGGUACAAAUGUAAAAAUUCGUUCACAAAAAUGAGUUUAUGAAAUGGCGUGGAAAAUACUUAUGGUGCU